GGAUCUCUCUUUCGCUGACACCCACACCCACAUCCACAUCCACACCCACCCAUCCUAAUAUUUUUUAUGUUUUCAGAUGAUAUCAAGCAAUAAUUACGAAUACAUCGAAAGAGAUUACAUUGUUAAAGAUCUCAUAUGCGAUCUUUGCAAAGAUCCUCUUCUUGAUCCUUACAUGACUUCAUGUUUCCAUACAUUUUGUUACCAAUGCAUUAAACAAUAUGUCGAAAGCAAUUCAUCCUGUCCUAAAGAAGGUUGUGGAAAAGAAUUGGGUACUAAAGAUUUGAAACCACACGAACCUGGCAUUAUUGUCUCAAUGCUCAAUACACUUAAAAUCAGAUGUAAACUUUGCGGAAAAUCACCUCUACACAGAGGUGACUUCGAUAAACACAUCAAUGAAGAUUGUACUAAAGUCGGCGACAAAUGCACGACAGCAAAAUUUAGAUGUCCGGGGUCGGAACAGAGAGAUAAACUCAAUGAUCGUUUGAAAGCUUACCUAGAUGAACAGUUGAGAUCAAUAUUCGACAAUUUAUUCAUCAAUACCCAGAAUCAGAGCUCAUACAUCAAACAACUUGAAGAGAGCGAGAAAGAGCUAAAGAUUCAACUAGAUCAGCAGAAAAUUCAACUAGAACAGCAGAAUAUUGAACUAAAACAGCAGAAAGUUCAACUAGAGUGGCAGAAGACUCAGUUAGAGCAGCAGAUGACUGAAUUAUAUCAGCAGAAAACUCGAAUGGAGCAGCAGAAGAUUCAACUAGAGCAGGAGAGAGCUCAACUAGAGUGGCAGAAAACUCAAUUAGAACAACAAAAACACCAGUUGAAACAUCAAGAAACUCAACAAAAGCAGCGGAAGACUCAACUAGAACAGCUGAAAACUCAAUUAGAUCAGCAGAAAAUUGAUUUUGGAAAUCAGAUGAACCAACAGAAGGUUCAGUUAGAAAAUCAAAUGAAAUAGCUGAUAGUUCAAUUAGAAAACCCAAUGGAUGGGCAGAAAGUUGAAUUAGAAAAUUGCAUGGGUAAGUAGGAGGAUGAAAUAGAAGAAUAACUUAAGAGAUUGAUGAGCAAAGUGAAACUGCUUUGUAAGUAGACGGAUUCAUUCAAACAAAAUCGUGUUACCACAGAACGGAUGAAAUCCUUUAUCAGGAUGUAGGUGUGGGAAAACAAAACACCCACACCGGAAGUUCGGCUUACAGUUUUUGUUGGACAAUGACAAAUAAUUCAAUUUUGACCGUGAAAAAAGAAAAUUUUAGUCAAACAUUUACAGAAACAGAUAUUCAUCCGAUUAUAUGCAGAGUAAAACUUUAAAGAACCUAUUGUCACAUGGUGAAUGGAAUAGUCAAGGUUAUUGAAUUAUAUAAGAGAUAUUUACGAAAAUUUUUUCGUCAGACUUUUGGAACACUCUAUAUGGCUUCAAUUUGAAAAUCACGGUUCAUUAUAUCUCACAUGAACUUUGUUUAUUUUAGCUUAAUAUUUAUACUCCUCAUCCGACUAUAAUGUCAUUUAAGUAAAUAUAUAUAUCUAUUGGCAAUCAUAAAAGAAGAGGCAGAUUUGCAUAAGUAUAAAGCUAUAGAGAUCCUAGAGCACUGUUUACUAAUGUGAUGCUCAUUAUCAAAAUUGAAAUUCUAAAUUGUAAGUUGAUUUUCUGUUUUCGAUUUCUACUAGAAACCCUAGAAAUUAAGAUUCCUCUUAUAGAACAUUUUGAAACAAAGUGUCUUAAUUUUUCUCACAGCAAAUUCAAGGUGUGCUGCAGUUGGGAUUGAUUUGGGUACAGUGUAUUCACGUGUUGCUGUCUUUCAACAAGGAACAGUUAAAAUCAUUCCUAAUGAGCACGGAAAUCUUUCAACGCCAUCUUAUGUUGCAUUUAAUUAUAAUGAAGUUUUAAUUGGUGAUGAAGCUAAAAAUCAAAUAGCCAGAAAUCCAAUUAACACAGUAUUUGAUUUUAAACAUCAUAUUGGACAUGAAUAUGAUGAUUCUACAGCUCAGACUGAUAUGAAAUAUUGGCCAUUUAAAGUAAUUAACGAAGGUGGAAAACCUAAAAUUCUGGUUGAAUACAAAAAGCAAGUACAAUGCUUUACGCCUGAAGAAAUCUUUUCAAUGCUAUUAACAAAAAUGAAAGAAAUAGCAGAGACUUAUUUUGGUAAAAAAGUAACCGAAGCUGUUAUAAGUGUUCCAUCUUAUUUUAAUUAUUUUCAACGACUAGCGGUACGACGUGCUAGUGUUAUUGCUGGUUUUAAUAUAUUACGUGUUAUUAAUGAACCAUCAGCAGCUGCUAUUGCUUAUGGUUUCGAUAAACGGGUGUCAGCUGAACGAAAUCUUCUAAUUUAUGAUUUGGGUGGUGGCUACUGUAAUGUAUCCAUUAUGAAAAUAGAAGAUGGUAUUUACGAAGUCAAAUCAACAUCUAGUAAUUUACAUUUUGGUGGUGAAGACUUUGAUAAUCGAAUGGUUGCAUAUUUUAUCCAAGAAUUUUACCGUAAAUAUAGUAAAGAUUUACAGGAAAAUCAACGUAGUGUUCAGCGAUUACGUAUUGCAUGUGAAAGCACCAAACGCAUGUUAUCAUCAGCAUCAAAAGCAUCAAUCGAACUUGAUUCAUUAUACGAAGGCAUCGACUUUUAUUCCGCAAUAACUCGUGAAUGUUUCGAAAAACUUAAUGAUGAUUUAUUCCGUUCAACACUUGAACUUGUUGAAAAAGCUUUACGUGAUGCUAAAAUAGAUAAAGCAAGUAUUCAUGAAAUUGUACUUGUCGGAGGCUCAACACGUAUACCAAAACUACAAAAACUUUUACAAGAUUUCUUUAAUGGUAAAGAACUUAGUAAAUCAAUCAAUCCAGAUGAGGCUGUUGCAUACGGUGCUGCUGUUCAAGCUGCCAUAUUAACGGGUGAUCAAUCUGAAUGCCUUAAAGAUUUACUUCUACUUGAUGUUGCACCACUUUCAUUGGGUGUUGAAACUGCUGGCGGUGUUAUGACAGCCUUGAUCAAACGUAAUACAACAAUCCCAACAACACAAACACAAAUGUUUACAACCUACUCUGAUAAUCAACCAAGUGUAUUGAUUAAAGUUUAUGAAGGUGAACGUUCAAUGACGAGAGAUAAUCAUUUAUUAGGUAAAUUUCAAUUAUCUGGUAUUUCGCCUGCACCUCGAGGUAUUCCACAAAUUGAAGUUACAUUUGAUAUCGACCUCGAUGGUAUCCUAAAUGUAUCGGCCCUGGAUAAAAGUUCCGGAAGAGAAAAUAAAAUUACAAUUACAAAUGCUACAGAAUUGUUAUCGGAGGACAUAUCUGUAUCAUCUAUGGUUCCAUAUAGAGCACAAUAUUAG